CUUCGGACUGACAGUUAGCAGGAAAAUCUUCGUCCAACAUGAAGAUUUGCGUGUUUUUAAUGAAAGUAUGACACAAAUGUAAUUUUUUGUACAUGUCUUAUAUCUGUCAGACUGUUUUCUGGCUCCGGUGAUUAUGUCACUUGCUGUUUGAGAGCCUUUUAUAAGCUACGUUAACUAGUUAGCCCGAACAACCAAAGCUAAGUGGCUAGCUACCUCAGUUUGCAUAAUCUUUUAUGUAUUGUUUUUGUAAUGGAUGAAGAUUUUAUGCUAGCUCUUCGGCUCCAGGAGCAGUUUGACAAUGAAUACGAGACACCAUCAUAUUCAUCCAGUGCCUUUGAUGAUGAAGGCUUCGAACAGAGCAGUAAAAAACGGAAAGUGGAGGUAUCUGGAGGCGGUGUUGUUCCCUACUGGAAGCCGAAAGUGCAGCCCGACAGGCCGUUGUCCAUCGUGGACUCCUCCUGGGAGACGCUGGACCCCAGCCCCGAUGUCAGAGCCAUGUUUCUGGAGUUCAAUGACACUUUCUUCUGGGGUAAACUCAACGGUGUGGAGGUGAAGUGGAGCCCAAGGAUGACACUGUGUGCUGGUGUGUGUUCUUAUGAGGGCCGAGGGGGUCUGUGCUCAAUCAGACUGAGUGCGCCUCUGCUGAAGCUCAGACCGAGAAAAGACCUGGUGCAGACUCUCCUUCAUGAAAUGAUCCACGCGCUGCUGUUUGUGACCCAGAACAACCGAGACAGAGACGGUCACGGCCCUGAGUUCUGCAAACACAUGGACCGGAUCAACGAUGCCACCGGGACACGGAUUUCUGUCUACCACAGUUUCCACGAUGAGGUGGACGUGUACCGGCAGCACUGGUGGAAAUGCAACGGGCCCUGUCAGAACCGCAAGCCCUACUUUGGUUUCGUAAAGAGGGCCAUGAACCGGGCUCCUUCUUCUCAGGAUCCGUGGUGGGGAGACCACAGGAGGACGUGUGGAGGGACCUACACCAAGGUCAAAGAGCCAGAGGGAUACGGCAAAAAAGGCAAGAAGGGCGGCAAGCUGGAGGGUGAAACAGACGAGAAGGCCUCAGAGAAGAAGGCCUCUGGAAAUGAAAAGCCCCCGAGCACAACUACAGUUUCCGUAUCACAGGACAUAAGGAACCUCAUCCCAUUCAGUGGCAAAGGCUUCCAGCUUGGAGGGAAUCCCCAACCCUCACCAGUGGUGCCUCCCUCUCCAAAGAAGCUCUUCCCGCCAUCCUCUCCAGCUAAAAGUCUUGUCCCCUCCAUCAGACCAGCUUCCUCCAUGGUGCAGAAGCCACUUAAGAAGAAGUCUGUCGGCAACACCAGAGCUUUUAUCAACAUCAACGGCUCUCCGGUGAGAAUCUCCAGACCCCACAGCGGCAGCAGCCGUAGCCAAGACGUAGAUAAAAACACACAGAGGUCCAUAGAAGGCCUCUUUGACAGCACGAGCCUCAGGAAGUCAACGGGUCAAUCCUCUAACCCAGAAACUAAAAGAGAUUCUCCUAAUGCUGCUUUCUCUGCGUCUGGCGUCAUUCCUAAACAGCUGAAUAACAAUCUAACAUCUACGGCUAGUCCGAGUAAACCCAGCCAUUCUGUGGUUUCAACAGGAACCAAAGGCAGCCCUGUUAAACCAUCACAGUCCAAGUAUUUCAGUCAAACUAACAGCGACGGUAAAUCAGGAGCUUCCGGUUCUGCUCCGGCAUCGAGGAAGAGGCCGUGGGACGACCGCGGGAACUCCCCCAGCAUCUAUGACUUUUUCCAGAAGGCAUUAGGCAGCGAUUCAGCAGCGCCGAGGGAGUUGGGGAAGACAAAAGCACCCGCAAUGCAGCAAAGAACUGCCACUGCCACUUCCUCUGCAUCCUCCUCUACUUCCUCGCUCCCUGGGAUGCUCACUUUUACCCCCUCCUCCUCUUCCUCGUCUUCCUCCUCCGCGCUGACGGUCAGCUGUCCCGUGUGCCAAACGCAGGUGCCGGAGUCAGACAUCAACCAGCAUCUUGAUUCCUGCCUCUCCUGAGGAGUAAGGCGGAGCUCGUUGAGAAGGUGAAAGGGACGUUGCAAUAAAGUUGAAAAUGUUAGGUGGAGUUUCAGGGAGUUUGCUGUGUUGAGUUUUAGUGACUUCCUCUGACCAAAUCUUCUCAACAAAGUCAAAAUACUUUCCGUUUUAUUUGAAAAUAAUGGUUUUUACCUCACUGUCAUGGUCACAUUUCUUCUCUCACAAGUGCCGUCUGACAUUGAAUGCCUACAGCAGGGUAUAACAGAUAAUGUAAGGAAUUGUAUUGAAUUAAUUAUGUCUUUUUCAUCUGGCAAAAUGUCAUUCCAGUAAGUUCUCUCUGAUUUGUGAACCAGAAACUAAAGCGUUCUUCUUUUUUGUAUGUUUAACAUUUAAAGGAUGACGUUCUUAUAUUACAUUCUAUCAUGCUCAUCAGAAAAGCUCUCAAGGUGCUGCUCUUAACAUUGGUGUGUGUGUGUGUGUGUGUGUGUGUGUGUGUGUGUGUGUGUGUGUGUGUGUGUGUGUGUGUGUGUGU